GUUCAACAAUGUUCAAGCAUGGUCUAUGGUUCAAGUGAGAGCUGUAUCAUGUUUCUUGGAGGAGCAACGAGAGCAGAUCCAAAAGUCUUCUUUAGCGUUCUGUGUUGUCGCAGUCCUGCGGUCGAAAUGCUGAGAGAUCCUGCACCCAGCCAUUCGAGAAAUUCUGGAUGGAUAGCGCCGAAGAGAAAGCAGUCAGGGACGGGUGGGGUAAGGCAGAUGAGGAGCAAACCGAGCUACUGAAUGGAAAUGAACAGGAAGCGAACGACGUCGCAGAAAAAAUGUCUCAUCAACAGGCGGGAUCAGAACCUGUGGACGAAGUCCCACAGUCUGAGGCUGAUAACUGUAGUGCUGAUGGAGACCCUGCUGGAAACAGACUUACUGAGUUGGGCAAUACUUUCCAGUUUGGGUCAUCAAUCCACUCAUCAGAAGACAUAGAGGAAGAACCGCUGAUGGAGGAUGAUGAGGAACUCAUUGUUCUUGACGCUGAACAUCCCCUGGUCGCAAAGAAGCAAGCUGCACUGAAGCAUCAGCUAAUCAAGGAACUGGAGAGGCUCAAACUGGAUCUAAGGGAAGAGGUGGGACUUGAAAAGGCAGAGGCGAGCCAAACAGAAGAGAUAUAUGUGCAGUUAUACAGGGAGCAAGAGAGACUGAAAAGACUCCAGAUAAGACAAGAUGACCAACAGCAGACCAAGGUGCUGGCAGAGGGCAAACAUCGCCAGAUACAAGAUAAACUUGAGGCAGUAAAGAUUUGCCAUUCCAACACUACCGGCCAGUGCGACAAGACCAAGGCCAAUGUAUCCAACCUACAAACAGAACUAGACAGAUUAAGAUCACAUCUUCACUUCACACAAGAGGUCGGUGAGGAUCUUCACUUUAACGUGAAAGCCAUGAAGAAUUUCACACGUAAAACAGCAGCUAAGAAGUCCCAAGUUGAAGAUCAGAAACUCAAGCAGGAUUUGUAUGUGGAGCGCCUUACAAAGAGCUUGGAGAGACUAACACAACAGAAAGACAUGUAUGAGGUGCAAACCAAAGGCCAAGUUGCAACAACAGAGGAAACCAAAGAGGUUCUUUCUGAGGCAGAAAUGCAAAUGGCGACUCUGGUUAUGUCACAAAAACAGCUGUUACAACAGUGGAACAGGAGUUUAGUGGAUUUGAGGAGACGAGAUGAAGACUUUAGAGCAAUUCAGGAGGCUAAUCGCUUGACAGAACACCAAGUGAUUGUGCUGGAUAAACAGAUUGAAAGCUUCAAGAAAUCUAUCUCUCAGCUCCAGGAGGAAAGUGAGACAGUGACCAUGCUGCACAACUUUGCUCAGAUGGACUGUGAUAUCUCCAAAAAGAUGAUCAGUCAGAAGCAGACCCUGCAUGAAAAUGUGCAGGCCCAAUACAGCACCUAUCUUCGUGCUCUGGGGCAGACGGAGCAGAUGCUUGCAGAACUCACGAAGGAGUACAAUACUUGUCAGAUUGAAGUGACUGAUCAAAGACGAAAGCUAGAAAAAAACAAAGACAAGCACCUAGAGUUGGAAAAGUGUGUCAUGACCCAAAUGUUGCAGAAACUCAUCGACAACAAGGCUGCUCAGUAUUAUCAGCGACUGAUAAAUGAGAAAGCGUCUCUCAAAAAAGAGAAGGUCUAUCAGCUGUGGAUUUUAGAGAGUGAGGUAAUGGCAGCUACAUUGGAGAGCAAAGUGAUCAGUGAGAAACUAGGAAACUUGGCCCGAUCUCAGAAGGAACUUGAUGACGAAAUCACAAAGUACAACAAAGUGAUCGCAUCCAAUCAGGCUGAAAGUUCUUCCAUUGAUGCACUUAUCACACAGAAAGAGACCGCCAUUGCAAACUACAACAAAAAAAAGGACUUUAUUGCAGCUCGCACUGGGCAUGAAGACCUUGGUCCUCUGCAAAUCAAAAUAAAGGCAAUAAAGACAGAAACUGAGGAAUUAUCAGAAAAAAUCAAGAAUGAUCAACAACUGUGGUUAAAGAACCAGGGAACACUUGUAGGACUGGCUCUAGAGAUUCAGGAAAACAACAAGGACUACAACAAACUUCAGGCAAAGUACACAGUAAUCUGUCAAAAGAAGAUUCAUCUGGAGCGCCAGCUUGAAGUCAUGCACCGUGAGGAGAAUGAUGUGGAGAAGAACAGGAAGAUGCUUCAAAGAGACUUGCUGAAGCUCAACACCCUUCUGAGCAAGAACGCCCAGUUGCAGCAUGCUUUGGAACAGGAGAAUGCUUUCAUAGAGGCGGACUUUAUUCACAAACUUAAGGAGGCUGAGCGGGAGUCUAUAGAGAUGGAGGUGAAAUUGGAGAAGACCCAGGGUGAAAAGGAGAAACUUCUCAACAGUUUGUUGGAGUCCGAGCGACAGAUCAUGCUGUGGGAAAAGAAGACCCACCUUAUGAAAGAAACUCUCUCAGUUGUGGGAGAGGGUCAUUCAGACAUCCAGAUAAUGAAGGAUGACAUUCACCGUAGAGAGCGGCAGCUCAACCAGCUGAUGAAGCAGCAGGAGCAGCUCGUCAAAGAUAGUGUUGCGGCUGUGGAAAAGAGGGGAAACAUCAUUGAACGCCACAAUGCCCGGGCCCGCAGUAAUAUAAAGCAUAUUACGAAGGGCGAGCUCAAUCUGAUGAAUGAUGGCUUGCGCCGCAAAUUAAAGGAAACACAAAAGAUGGUCAAAGAGUGGGACCAAGAGAUAAAAGAACUGCAGGAGAGCCAAGUGAAUCUGAGCAACAUUGUUGCCCAUGAGAAACAGCAGCUGAUGGAUCUGUCUGGCACCAGUGAUGCUCUUGAAACUGAUCUAGCAAACAUCCAGGAUAUCAAAGGCAGGGACCAAGCUCAUCUGUUGGAAUUUCAGAGCAAGGCUAAGAAACUCCAAGAAGUGACUGAUGGAAAAUAUCGCCCCUCAUCAUCUAGUCAAUCGGUGGAUGCUGCUACUCAGAGCCUUAUGGAGCGCGUGCAUGCCUUCAGCACAGUUAUUCACAGUGUGUGUGAGAAGUUCCCCGAUCACAUAUCGAGCCUCAGUGUUUUGAUACAGUCAUUGGCAGCAGGCAAACACUGCCUCCUGGAGCCGAAAGCAACAUAUUAUUUCCCAGAUGAUGAUCUUCAUGAUCAGCAUUGUCAGCAUGGUGUUCUGUGGCCAUCUGGGGAAAACAGAACUUGCAGCUGUAUCAUUAUCAAUUGCCGUGGUUAAUGUGACUGGUCUUUCCAUUGGGACUGGCUUGUCGUCAACAUGUGAUACCCUCAUAUCUCAGACCUAUGGGAGCGGAAACCUGAAGCGUGUAGGGGUGAUCCUUCAGAGGGCUGUUCUUAUAUUACUGCUGGCU